AUGACGAGCCUGGAGAAACAGCAACCCGGCCCGCCCGACCGGCCGCCGCCGCCGGGCCGCGGAGCCGAGGAGGGAAGCGCGUCGCAGGCACAGCCCAGGGCACUCCGCGAGCCGCCCCCUCCCCGGCCGCCACUUCCCCGCCGCGCUAGCGAUUCCGCUCCCCUCCCCCAGCCCGCCGCAAAAUGUCCGCGGCGGCGCCCGGAGAAGCAGGAAGUCCAAGCCGGGGCGCAGGGGCAGACCCGGCCCGGGAGCCCGAGCCACCCGCGAGCGGCUCCGCGGCCCCCGCCCUCCGCGCCUCGGCCCGCCGCCCGUCCUCGGAGCCCGCGGGGCCGGGCCGAGGGGGAGAGGGCCCCAGGCCGCCGGGAUGGGUGUGACCCCUUCCUUCCGCCGCUGUCCGGUGACAGCCCGGCCCUGACCGCGCCCUCAGGCCGGCACCCCGCGCCCGGGCCGCGCACCUCUCGGCGGCCGAGCGCCCCCGCCUGCUCCGCCGCCACCCUCUCCCCUCCGCUCCCCGAAAGAACCCGGACCUGUGCUCGCCCGGACGGCGCCGCGCGAGCCGGGCACCCCUCCCCGCGCCCCGCGCUCCCAGGGUUCCCGGGAUCCCAGAGGCGGGGAGUCCCCGUGGACGGGGAGACGGCGCGGGCCGCGCGGCGGGGACGGGACGAUGGGGGACCCGCUCCCGCGGGGAGCCUCGGGCCCCGCACUCACCUCAGCUUCUCCGCCGGGGCGUUGGCAGCACUGCGCGGGGUCUCCUCGGCUGCCGGACAGGGGCACGCGCCUGACGUCAGCACGCAGGGGACGCAGGGUUGGGUGCCCGCGGAAGAGGGCGGAGCCCGGAGGCCAGUCCUGGCCCAGCGGUUGGAGGCGGGGCCUGAGUUCAUCUGGCCGGUUACCGCGCACGCGCCGACCAACAAGGCUCGCUAG